AUGGACACAGAAGCCAGCCCCAAGAUCUCUGAAUUCAAUGUACGAUCGACAUUGGUUCUCGCAGCCAGCGCCCUCGCCCUAUUCUGCACCGCCGGCUUCAUCAAUGCGUUCGGAGUCUUCCAGACCUAUUACACUGUACACUACCUCCCCCAAGAAUCAGCCUUUGAUAUCGCCUGGAUCGGAUCCAUGACCACGUUUUUGUUCUUCGGGCUGGGCUUUCCUGCUGGAUUACUUUCGGAUAAGACCAGUCCCAUAGUACCCAUCAGCAUAGGUGCUGUAUGCCAGGUUGUGGCUGUCUUCAUGAUAUCGCUAUGCAAGAAAUACUACCAGUUCUUCCUGGCACAGGGUGUAUUGCUAGGAAUCGCAAUGGCGCUCAUCACGAUUCCAACGACCUCUGUCGCACCACUGUACUUCCAACGUAACCGCGCCUUCGCACAGGGCAUCUCAGUAGCUGGAUCGUCUCUAGGCGGUGUCAUUUGGCCGAUCAUGCUCGAUCAGAUGCUUAACGCUGAUGGCGUCAGCUUUGGCUGGACAAUCCGCAGUGUCGGCUUCCUGCAGCUGCUGUUUCUGGCGAUUGUCAUCGUUGGCGUUAGACGCCCGAAGACAUUCAAAGCGCCUAAGAAAGAUGUGGAAGAUCAGACAGGGACGGUUGCAGGGUCAGAAGAAGAGAAAGACCAAGCCAAACAGCAGAAGCGCAAGCGUCUCGCGCAUCUUCGGACGCCUUCUUUCAUGUUCCUCUGCGGCGGUCUGGCUAUCUUCUACUUUGGCUUCUUCGCGCCGUUCUUCUACGUCUCGACCUACGCCAUCACGCUGGGGGUCUCCGAGAGCUUCUCGAUUUACCUCAUUGCGAUCCUCAAUGCAGCCUCAUCGUUUGGUCGAAUCCUGCCGGGUUUCAUCGCCGACCGCGUUGGCCAUUUCAAUAUCCUGGUGACUUCCAUGUUCCUGUCGGCGAUUGUUUGCUUCUGUUGGAAGGGAGUGGACAAUGUUGCGGGUCUAGUGGUUUGGUCGGCAGUGUAUGGUUUUGUGUCUGGGGCUGUCCUCAGCCUUCAGAUCGCAUGCGCUUCCCUUGUGUCCACCAAGGAGACUAUGGGCGCAGCUAUUGGGAUCGUGAUGGGAUCGAUAGCAUUAACUGCUCUCUUCGGCACUCCUAUUGCUGGAGAACUUGUCAAGAGCGGAUACCUGGCCCUGUCGAUGUUCGCAGGCGCUACGAUGCUUGUGGGUGCGGUGCUUGUGCUUUUUGCACGUCUUGGAAGGAGUCCCAAGCUGUUGGCGAAGGCUUGA